CAAAUUUCAAUCAAAUCAAAUUUAUAAAAUGGCGGAUGACGACGAAAUAGAUAUUUUAGGAGAUUUUUCAUUUAAUUCUUGCCUAGCUCAAAACAAUCAAGGAAUACCAUCGUGUUCCGAUCGAGAAGACACAGUACAUCCUCAAUGGCUCUUAGAUUCCCCACCAGCUAAUUGGUAUGAUAUCAAGAUUAAUAAUAGGUCAAAAGAGGGACCAUCAAGGAAGCUAUCUGGAAACAAUUCUAACCAGAAUCAAAAUGAAGUAUUUCAUAUAGCCUGGACACAAGAAGAAAGGGAUACUCUUAAAUUGGAAAUGGAAAAAUAUGGGAGGAAUGUGAAGAAAAUAUCGCAAACACUAACAACCAAAUCGGAGGCUGAAAUUCAAGCUUUAAUAGAAGCUGAGCAUGGUAUACACCUUGACACACUGGUGUGGGAGAAACAUGAUGACCAGGACAACAUACCCCAUGUGGCCCAGGAGGAAAUAAUAGCUGAUGAGAUCAUGAGCAUGUCGGAUGUUAUAAGCAUGGUGACAACUGGCUCCCCGACUAUAACAUUGCCAAAGAAAGUGUUUAGAAAGAACAGUAAAGUGCCCCCGUCUAUAAAUUCUGUUAAGAAUGCUAUAAAUGUCAACAAAAUAGUUGUAAAUGAUCAUAACUUAAGUUCAAAAGAUUCAAAGGAAGAAUUGAGUAAAAUGACAAAUAAUUUCGUCAAACAAAAAGAGAAAAUGAAAACUGUGAAAAAACUUGGUAAUCAUAGGAGGAAAGUGUCCAGGAACUAUGAUAAGAGUAGAGUUAAGAGUAAGGAUAUGAAAUCGCCACAGGGGAGGAAGACUGACUCAAGUUUAUCGGAAGACAGUGUUAAGAGUCCUAAAAUGCAAAUUGUGUUGGGCUCUGGACAAGCGCUGCCUGUUUCUGAGGGGGAACAAGUGAUAAAAAUAGAAAAGAAGAAAGACUCAGAAGAAGACAGUGAUAUAGAGAUAGAUGUAGAUAGUGAAACAGAAGGUGAUACUCCAAAGAAGAAAGACAACUUAGCGCAGGAGAGCAAAUCACCGGUUAAGGAAAACUCUGAUAGUGCACCAAUAGCCGUUCCUUUGAGGAGAUUAGAAAUGCCUAGAAGACGGAGAAAAAUUAAUUUGGACGGUGGUGGUGGUUACCGCAUCCUCCACACAGAAGCAGGUGACGUGUACGAGGUAAGCUCGGAGCCGCGAAAAGAGCGACAGGCUCGGAAACAACCCGUGCAGCUUAUACGCUGCAAGGAGUACGGGCCUGAGCGACCAGCACCAUGCGAAGUCCACCUGCACGUCUCCGUGCUAAUCAGCAUGGACGUCCACGCGCACACCUCCAGGGCGGAAGUGAUGGGGCUGGUGGGGGGGCGGCAGGUGACCGGCGGCGUGCUGCUGUCCGCGUACCGACCAGCUCGCGCUGCGGCCAACAGCGUGCACUGCGAUAUGGACCCUGUGUCGCAAGCGUCCGCGGGCGACUACCUGACGUCCCUGGGGCUGUCGGUGUGCGGCUGGCACCACUCGCACCCGCACUUCCCCGCCGCGCCCUCCCCCCGCGACCUCGCCACGCAGCGCGAGCUGCAGGCGGCGCUCGAGUGGCGGCUGCCCUUCCUCGCGCUGCUCACCUCGCAGCGGCCCCCGGCGCCGCACUACAGUUGUUUCCGCGUAGAGGAAACGCCAGACGACCCCACACCAACAGGCUACCAAGUGGACUUGCAACUGAUACCGGACAUCACAGCACAGAAUGUAACCCAAUACGUGCGUGGGCUGCACGAGCUGCUCCAGCUGGUGGAGCGCACGGGACACAGUGUGGACAUGAAGCGAGAUGUGUGUCCCCACACCGGGGUCUGCUACUUGGACAAGUGCAUUUGGAGUGUAUCCCGUAAUAUGCGGCAAGCUGGCUACGAGACAGACGAUCCGGUCGUGAAACAACUUAUACGAGGCGUGCGGGAUAUAUUUAGAUAAUUUACAUAACAUACUCAAGUUCUUUGCUUAUAGAAUUUUUUUAUAGAGAAAAAUGUUGUAAUUCUCAAUAUUUUUAAUUAAAAUUAUAAAUAAUA